AUGAAAAAUCCACCUCAACGUGUCUAUAUUUCGGGUUCUGUCAAUGGGUUGGUUUGUCUUGCCGAUGGGUUUAGUGGGUUGGUGCUAUGGAAUCCAUCAAUUAGAAAGUUCAAGAAAGUGUUCGGCUUUGUGCCUACACAGAUGCGUGAAUGCUGGUCCAAGUGUGGUUUUGGAUAUGAUGAGGUUCACGACGAUUAUAAGGUAGUGGGUAUUUUUAGUAGCAUGAUUAAGGCCAAUUUCGAGGCCGCGAUAUAUAGUUUAAACAGUGAUUCUUGGAGAACACUUGAAGAUUUUAAACCUGGGGUGAGUUACUGUGGUGAGGCUAAAUUUGUGAAUCAUAAGCUUCAUUGGAUUACAUUUCGUAGACGUCGUAUGCGCAUCACGUCUAUUGAUUUGGUUGAUGAGAAAUGGGGAAAGUUGGAGCUGCCCAGCUACAACAAAGGACGAGAUUUGAAGCUUGGAGUGUUGGGAAGUGAUCUUUCGGUCCUCUGUAAUAAUGAUGAGAGAACUCACUCGGAUGUGUGGGUAAUGAAGGAAUAUGGAGUUAAAGCGUCUUGGACAAAACUGUAUACCAUCAGGUAUCCUGAGAACUAUGAGCUUUCUCCGCCCCUUUUCACGUAUAAUAAAGGUGAAAUUCUACUCGCAUUUAAAUCAACUUUAGCGAUAUACGAUCCAAAGAAUGACUCUCUCACAUAUCCAGAGGUUCCUAAUGUUGAGGUUACUGGUUUUUACAACAGAAUUGAGGCGGAACUUUGCAUCGAAAGCCUAGUUUGUCCGGAUUUACCAAACGAAGAUUGAAAGAUGUCAGAACUCAGUGGAAUGACUGUUGUAAUAGUUAACAACCUGUUGUUGUAGAAUCAUACAUGUGUUCAGGGGAACAUAUAUACUUACUUGCUGAUGCUUUGGAAACUACUUGGGAGAAACAGAUGCAAGCUUUUUCUUUCAAUAGCUGGCCAAAUGACUACAGGAUCAUCGGUCUACUCUACCUCAAUUCACCAAUCGAACCUUAUACAAAAGGUUUUUCCAUAUUAGGAAGUAAGAUGAUAUCCCUAGGGGUAUUUUACGUGCAGAAGCUCUCUUGCUAGUAGAAGUAAGAGUAGCAAGAU